GUGAUGCAAGCAUUUGUAUUUAAGUUUAAAGUCUAAUUUUAUAAACCAGUUUGCGUGCUGACGACACGCCUAUGACGCCACACUCCAUCCGGGUCCUCCGCGUCUAGGCCAUGACGUCACGGGGUCCAGGAAUGGCGGCGCUGUCUGCAGAGGGAAGCAGCCCGAAGAGCCCGAAACUUUAUUCUUAAUGUAACCCGGCGGAUACGCGAACUCCACGGCUCCACCGACACCUAAAUCUGCUGCGUAACGAGUCCGAGCACCGGCGGAAACGAGUCGCGGCGUCGUUACUACCGUAAUCCGACGCCUCAGACUCUACUAGUUUGCUUGACUUUGCGAGGGCCAAAAGACAAGAGCAAAGACAGCGACUAACGGUCCAUAAAACAACAACAAUCGCCACAAAACAUUCUCUUCUGAGUCCGUCCGUCUCGCUGAGGGAUCUUUCUUGUGUUUGCGUAGUUUCCUGUCUUGCACGUACACUGUAAAGCACGACACUGGCCCGAUAAGGUGAAGCCACCAGCUGCGAUGGAGAGUUUAACGCUGACCGAUGUCGAGCAGAAAUAUUACUCUGAACUCUUCCUGUCCUGUGAUGUGGAUAACGCAAAGAAAGUGGCCUCCAAUGUCAAAGUUCUGGACCUGUUCCGGGCGGCCCAGCUCUCGACUGAGGUGGUCCAUCAGAUCACUGAAUUGUGUGGAGCCACACGUCUCGGUCAUUUCGGACGGAGUCAGUUCUACAUUGCACUGAAACUCAUCGCGCUGGCCCAGUCUGGACUGCCUCUACGCUUGGAAAGUCUGAACAGCGUCCGGGAUCUGCCCCUUCCUCGUUUUGUGAUGGGCAAGAAUGAGCAUGACAUGAGGCACGGAGGCAUGUUCACAGACGCGGAAAACCAGGGGCCGUAUUCCGGUGUCAUCCCGAGACCUCCAGGUCGAGUGCAAGCAAAAAAAGUAUCAACGCAUGAGAUGAUCCAGCCCUGUGUGCCCACCGUUGAUCCCCAGCCGGACACCACGUCUCCUGUUGUGUCGCCACAUCAGUCUCCUCCUACUUCGCCUCAUGCCUGGAGAAAGCACAAACGGCAGGCCAGCGGUGGAAAUAUAGAAAGGCAGCCCUCAGUGCCAGGGGGUGUUUGGCCACCUUUUAGAGAAGCACAGCCAGCACCAGUAACCGGUGAUGGGAUGUGGUCCGCUCACUCGCCGCCUCCUGUCCAAGAAAGCUGGGUCAGCUUUACAGACACGCCCCCCUCCAGUACACUUCCAAUGCACCCCUCCUCAGCUCAGCCGGAGAGCACAACGGUACGAACCGCGAACGAAAACCAAAGACAGAGCAGCAUUUACGAUGACCCCUGGAAAAUUACAGACGAGCAAAGACAGUAUUACAUAAACCAGUUUAAAACCAUUCAGCCUGAUCUAACUGGUUUAAUCCCUGGCUCUGCUGCAAAGGAAUUCUUUACAAAGUCGAAACUGCCUAUUUUGGAACUGUCUCACAUUUGGGAGCUAUCAGAUUUUGAUAAAGAUGGCGCGCUGACCCUGGAUGAGUUCUGUGCCGCAUUUCAUCUCGUCGUCGCGAGAAAAAACGGUUAUGACCUUCCUGAAAAGCUCCCCGAGAGUCUAAUGCCAAAGCUUAUUGACUUGGAUGACUCAGCAGGAGUUCCAGAAUCGGCCCCUGAAGUGGGCUUUUCUGCUUCCCCUGUUGAGGUCACUCCAAACAAGUCUCCAUCCAUGCCUUCUCUAAACCAGAACUGGCCUGAAAUGAACCAGAGCAAUGAGCAGUGGGAGACUUUUAGCGAGCGCUCCUCAAGCUCACAAACUCUGACCCAAUUUGAUUCUAACAUUGCACCAGCUGACCCUGAUACAGCAAUAGUUCAUCCAGUGCCCAUUCGAAUGACGCCCAGCAAGAUCCACAUGCAAGAGAUGGAGCUUAAAAGAACCGGAAGCGAUCACACGCAUCCAACGAGUCCAUUAAUGGCUAAACCACCAGAACUCCCUGAUGAGACGAAGCUACCAACAACUAUUAAGUUUUCUGGUCCAGCUGUUGGAGAUGGCUACAGCAGCUCAGAUUCAUUUGCAUCUGACCAAGAGCCCAUAUCUAGUGCUGUGAACAGACAAAGGUCUCAUUCUGGCACGUCUCCAGAGGGACUAAAAGUUGUGGCUCCGCCCCCACCUCCGCCCCGCCCCCCUGCUUCACACUCUCGGUCCUCCUCUCUAGACAUGAACAGAACUUUUGCUGCCGUUCCCGCAGGUUCUCAGCAGGCAGGUGUAGUGGCCUUUCUCCCAGCAGUGCCUCCCAGACCAUUACCCACACAGACAUCAUUGCCACACGGCCCUCGUUCGUUAGAGGCAGACGGUCUUCCAGCGCAUACCAGCACGUCACCCCACCAGAUGCCAGAACAGCCCAACUUUGCUGAUUUCAGCCAGUUCCAAGUGUUCGCUGUGGACCAGCCAGCAGAUGAUGGAGAAAAAUCUGACAGUGGACAGGCUGAAAGAAGUGUCGAAGCUGCCGGGGCGAUAAGAGCGGUGAAAAAUGACAUUCAAACAGAAGAUCGAACUGCAGCUACUGCCAACUCUGCCAAAGUAUCCACUCCAUUGGCCCCGCCUCCUAAACCUGUCCGUCGAAGACUGAAAUCAGAAGAUGAGCUCAGACCAGAUAUAGAGGACCUUCCACAAAAGUCUAACGUCAUAGCCACUGUUCUAGCAACACAACCCUCAAUUGCACGGUCUGUCGGUAAAGAUAAGAAGGCCAUCCAGGCUUCCAUUAGAAGAAAUAAAGAAACAAAUACGGUUUUAGCCAGACUUAACAGCGAAUUACAACAACAGUUGAAGGACCUACUAGAAGAAAGAAUAUCUCUUGAAGUGCAACUGGAACAGCUUAGACCCUUUUCGCAUUUGUAACCGGGAUGGGUGUGUGUAUGCGCUCUUCGUGUGUUUGUGUGUAAAGAGUGAUCUUCCCCCCGUUUUUAGAUGGUCUGUUGGAUCCUCCGGCAGGAUGUCCAUUUCACCCGUCUCCACUCCUCUUGACUGUGUGAAAACUCGCUGCUUCCUCCAGACCGAUCUUUCUCACAUAGCCCAAGAAAUGGAGCGUGGGGUUGGGAACGUUAUCCGUUACGGCACUUUGAUGAAGCAGAAAAUGAUUGUAUAAGUAAUAUACCCCCUAACCAAAAGCUUAUGUUACCAUAAGACCAUGAGGCAAUGGUCUGGUCUCAUUGGUUAACGUGAAGGAGCUUCAUCUCCUGUUUUCCAUGGAGUAAAUCCAGGAAAAUAGAGGCAGCUUGGUCGUGUUCUUCCAUGUUAGAAGCACCCACGUGUGCUCAGACAAUCAUGUUUGGCUGUGCACUGGCCGAAAAGAGGGGAGAAUUGAUUUUUGGGAGUUCAUGCUCUGUUUCACAAGUACAAGGCACCUGUUAAAAAGACCAAAAAUGAAAAUCCUGUCAUUAUUUACUCGCUCUUGUGUCGUUUAAAACCCGUGUGACUUGCAUUUUUCGGUAGAACCAAAAGAUGAAUUUGAGGCAUCAUUUUUAGUUUAAUCCAAUUUAAAGGGACAUUCCACUUUUUUGAAAAUAUGCUCAUUUUCCA